AUGAGUGAUUUACAGCAACACAUUGGACGUAAUGUCUAUGAUGUUAAAACAGAAUUAGAACAACAAGGUUACAAUGUCCACCUCGUUCGUACCGGUAAUCAUGCAACAGGCUUUGUUCCACCACAGCCACUUAGUCCGCCAGAUCAAGACCUUCCAAAAAAACGCAUUGUUCUAACGUAUGAUGCAAAUAAUCAAGAUCAAGUGACAUCUGCGCAAGAACGUUGA